AGAGGGAGGGAGAGAGAGGGAUAGAGAGGCGGGCAUCAUGGCAGCGCUCGCUGCAUCAUCACGACACAUGUUUGGCUGCUGUUGGCGAAGCAGCGAGUGAUGCGCAGGAGAGACUCGAGGACUUCCUGGAAACCAAAAGGCGAGGAAACAGGUGCGACCAGUGAGAGGAGCCUCAAGAUGAGUGGGAUCCUGAAGAGGAAGCUGGAGGAGGCCCCGCCCCCUUACCUGUCCCUGCCGGGCUCCGACGACGACGUUUCCUGCAGCGACAGCGGCAACAGCAGCGAUAGUCUCAACCACGCCGUCCCCUCAGGGCUGCUGGACUCUACUCUCCAGCAGCAGUCCAAGAGACUGCGGGGCCGCAACGUGCACUUUGAGAGCGUGACCGUGUACUACUUCAACCGCCGGCAGGGCUUCACCACAGUGCCCACGCAGGGCGGCAGCACCUUGGGGAUGUCGCCGCGUCACAGCGGGGUGAGGCGCUUCACCCUGCGGGAGUUUGCCAUGGAGCAGAAACGGAGCCACCGCAUUAUGUUGAGGGAUCAUCUCAAAGAAGAGAAGCUCAACGCCAUCAAACUCAAACUGACUAAAAAUGGCACAGUGCCAUCUGUGGAGGCGGACACCCUGACCCUGGACGACAUAUCCGAAGACGACCUGGACGUGGACAACACCGAGGUGGACGACUACUUCUUCCUCCAGCCUCUGACUACCAGGAGGCGCCGGGCCCUGCUGCGCUCCUCGGGGGUCCGACGCCUCGACGUGGAGGAGAAGCACGAUCUGCGUGCCCUCCGCGUGUCCCGAGAGGAGUGUGGGUGCCGUUGCCGGGGGACAUGCGACCCGGAGACCUGUGCUUGCAGCCUGGCCGGCAUUAAGUGCCAGGUAAAUGGAACUGUGGUGGACCGCAUGUCCUUCCCUUGUGGCUGCACCAGAGACGGGUGUAGCAACAACACGGGGCGGCUGGAGUUCAACCCGGUCCGGGUGCGCACCCACUUCCUGCACACCAUCAUGAAGCUGGAACUGGAGAAGAGCCGCGAGGAGCAGCAGCAGCAGCAGCAUCAUCAGGGGCAGCAGCAGACGGAGCCGCAGCUUGUAACCAAUGGCAACGGUUACCAUGGCGACUCCUCCUUGGUCCAGCAGCAGCAGCCGAACCUGCAGUUCCCAUUGAUGAGUGCUACGACGCACAUUCCCAUCAUGCACCUCCAGAACACAGGCGAGUCGGCUCCACAUCUAGCCGAAGAGGAGGAGGAGGAGGAGGAGGAAGAGGAGGAGGAAGAUGAAGAGGAUGAUGAGGCUUAUGAGGACGACGAGGACGGCAGCAGCGUUUGCAGCGGGCUUUCGGACUGCAGCACCCACAGCUUGGGAACGAUCGACCCCGAGGACGUCGAGGAGGACGAGGAGGACGAUGACGAUGACGAGGAGGACGACGACGACGACGACGAAGAGGAAGACUGGGAUUGCACGUUGCACGGAACGAGUCCUCCGCCCUACUCUGUCCCGCUUCCCUCUGUGCUCAGUUACUCCAACGUGAGCCUCGGCCACCCCUUCCACAACACUCCCCCCAUGCAGCAUUACCAGAUAGACAGUGCGGUAAACGGCACUCCUGCUUUCCUCAGUAAAAGUGUCCCCAUCGCCCCCCCAACACUCCCCACAGUAGAGGCAGCAUUAGAGUCUGAGAUAAACCCAAAACUCCACCGCCAGACAGAGCAGCAGAGCCAUUUCCCCGAGCCCCCCAGUCCCCAGACGCCCCAGACUGGCUCACAAGUGGACGCCUACGUCAGCCACCCCGCCCCCGCCGGAGCGCUCUCGGUUCCCCACCUAGAACAAUCCGGACCGCCAUGACUCACAGGCCGAGGCUCCGGUGGGGGGGCGGGGGGGGGAGAGGAAGGAGCCGGUGAAGGAGCAACCAGGACUGCAGAGGCAAGGAGACACCGACCAGAUCAUAGACAUGUCCCGCUCAGGCAGCACCUGAAUGAAAGGCUUCGGAGUGGGAGGGGGGGGGGGGGUCAUGUCUGGAAAUCUUUGAUUCAAAAACCGCGUCCCCAAAACCAUCAGUUUGAUUUAUUCUCUAUAAGUGCACUUCCAAAGAGGCAAUGGGUCAUGCAGACUUUGCAACGGGAGGGCUCGAAGGAGGUCUAUCUAAUCCAAGUUCAGUUUGUCUCCUUUUUAAGAUUGUUGGUUGAAUAAAAUUAAAGAUGUUCAUUGACAAAGCUCAAUAAAACAGUGUUUCUGUGCUGCACUCGUAACUAUGUGGAGCAUCAUUUGUGCUUUGACCAUUCCGGCAUGUCUCCUGACUGGCAUCUAUAACAAACCAAGAUUUCGAGGUGCUUGUACUCCUUCAUUAUUUCCCACUGUGUUGGUGUCUCAUCGUUGCUGCUAAUGGUUCUUAAAUGCCUGUCUGUGUAGCAUGUGCAGUUUACUUGACAUGUUUCCACGCUAACUGUGAAAGGAUAAACAACCUUUGGCAAAACACCAAGGCCUUCAUAUGAGUUACUAGCAUCACAAAUGCUUGAGCAUCUCAGAAGCGAGCCAUUGGGCGAUGUUUCCCACCAGAUGUAUUUUAAUAAUGUCGUACAUUCCUUACUGAAGCUUUUAAACGCGUUAAUGUCCCUAUUGGAUCACUUGACUACAUGUUGAAGUAGCAACUUAGUGACGAACCCCAAAACAAUUGUGACGGAUUCCGCAGCUCCCCUAAGCUCCGCGGAGCACUUUAGCGUCCCUCAACUCAUUAUUUUGGUUCCUGGUUCGCUCUCACGGCUUAAUUUCAUGCCGGAUCAACCAAUUUUCCCGAUAAAUCUCAUUAUAUGCCAACUGCCACCGGGCCGUCACCAACCAGCUAGCAAGCCUUCACUGUUUGAAAAAGGGCAGUUUCCAGGAAGUGGCUACAACUACAAACAUUUUAAGCUUUGUGGUGGUGACUUGAAGUCAUGUGACCGUCGUGUAGCUCGUUUAUAGCGUGACCGUAGCUUCUUACUUACUGUACUUGGGUAUCAAACAAUUCACAACACCGGUGUUCAUGUUGACCUCUGUAGCUGGGACACGUGAUCCGGGCUAAGCGGCAAAUGCUAAGCUAAGGCAGCUCGCGACCUAUAACAUCAUAACGUUUGCAUUUGCGUGGUGAGCGAUUAGCCGUCAGCUCAUGGCACCGCUGAAGACACAUGUUUUUACCUGCUCGUAUGUAAUCAAACUGUAAUUUGAACACGCUGCGAACAAAGCAUCCCGCCUGGAAUCAACAAUAUACUAUUGCUGAGUAUUGGUAAUAUACUAAGUAAAAAUAUACUAGUGAAUCCAAUUCUUCUUAGUAUAAGUGGCCUAAAUACUUGUCUCUGCAUGUUAUUUAUCCUUUUACAGUUUUCAGAGAAAUUAAGGCUUUUGUCGAGGUAACUAACGUCUCUCAAACUAUCAAUACUGGGUCCAAAAAUAUGUCAUGUUCUUUUUAAAGCAAGUGUACAUUUUUAUGAGUGUGAAUAAAAAAACUUUUUAAAGGUUAA